ACCCCUCACUCACCUCUUUCGAAUUUUGGUUUUUGUUUGAUCCGCUCCUUUUUUAGGGUCUGACAAGGUUUUUUUUUUCUCUUUUUUCAAUUUCUCAAAUUUCGCUCAUUUUCCCUCCAUUUCCCUUGACCUCUUUUUUGGGAAACUCUUAAAACCUCUAGAAACAGUUAACGUCUUUCUUAGGGUUUUGUUUUGGGUUGGGUGCGCUUUAAAAUUUGGCUCCGUUUCUUUGGUUUCAGCUGAGGUUGUUGUUUUUCCCAGUUGAUUUGAACUUGGAUGGCUGGUAAGGCUUCAAAUUCUGUUCUUUAUCCACAAUUUUGAUUUUUUUUCUUCUUGUUGUAGAAAUAGAUGGUUAGACCUUUUUCUAGGGUUUUUCGGAAUCGACUGUAAUUCUUCGUUUUUAUUUGCUUCCUGAGAAAAUAUAGAAAGAAAAAAAAUUUGGGUUUUGUUUGGUUCUUGGUGUUUCUUUUUAGAAAACAAACCUUUCCAAUUAACAAGAUAGAGGGUAAUGGCUAGGUUUUUUUUUUUCCUAUGAGUAAUUAGUAGGAGAUUAAUGGGGUGAAAGAAAAGAUAAUGUCAGAAUUUUGGGGAAAAUAACUGUAAAAUUUGAUAUGAGGUUUUGAACAUGAGCCAUGGAGGUGUGGAGAGUACAAGAGAUACAAGAGAGAGUGAAGGCCAGCGUAGCUUGCCAUUGGGAAGACCAAAAGCUGAUGACUUUGGAAGAGCGGUUUCAAAGAUUUCAGUGGCACAGAUAUGCGAGUGUGUUGGUUAUCAGGGAUUCAAAGAGUCUGCUUUGGAGGCUCUUGCUGACAUUGCUAUUCGAUACCUCUGUGACUUAGGAAAAACUUCUAGUUUUCAUGCUAAUCUGGCUGGUAGGACAGAAUGCAAUCUGUUUGAUAUAACUCAGAGUUUAGAAGAAUUGGGAGCUUCGUAUGGGUUUUCGGGUGCUUCGGAGAUUGGGCAUUGUCUUGCAGGCUCUGGUGUAGUGAGGGAAAUAAUUCAGUUUGUGGGUUCAAAAGAGGAAAUCCCGUUUGCUCAGCCAGUGCCUCAGUUUCCAGUUGUUAGGAAUAGGAAGCUGAUUCCCAGUUUUGAGCAUAUGAAUGAAACCCCACCUGGAAAGCAUAUCCCAGCAUGGUUGCCAGCUUUCCCCGAUCCUCACACGUAUAUUCAUACACCUAUGUGGAAUGAGAGGGCAUCGGAUCCCCGUGCUGAUAAGAUUGAGCAAGCAAGGCAGCGGAGAAAGGCUGAGAGGGCUUUGCUGAGUUUGCAACAGAGACUGGUGUGUAAUGGUUCUACUGAAACUUCAGCUUCCUUGGUGGUGGAUGCUAAAAAGGAAACUAUACAAGAAGCUGGAAAUAAUGCUUUUCUUGCUGCCCCACUGCAACCUGGGGAGAAAGAUGUUGCACGAGUUGUUUUGCCAGCUAAGCUUUCUGAUGAAGUGAGCAAGGACAAUCAUGUUUCUCUGCUAGAGGCAUUUGCUCCUGCCAUUGAAGCAAUGAAAGGUGGGCCAUCUGGUGAAUUAGAUGGUGAAAAGAUGCUCCUUCCUGAAAAGAGGCCUGCUGUUCACUUCAAGUUCAGAACUGGCAAGAAAAUCUUGGGUGAGUCGCUAGAUUUGAGCUUGCAGAAGAAAGGUGAGAGGAGCACAACAUUCUUUUUACGAGAUGAGGAGAGGGAUGAUAAGAAGAGGAGAGCUGAGUUUAUUCUCAGACAAACUACGGAAUACCCAAUGGAGCUUAACCAGUCUUAAAGUGUAUUUUAGGUUGUCUUUCUUGAAAUCUGAUAAAUUUUUUUUAGUAAUCAAUUGUUUCAGUGGGCUGUGGAUGCUUAAUCUUAGGGUCACACUAUUGCUCUUGCAUGGAUAUUAUGGAAUCACACUGUUGAGAGUCCCACUCUAACAGAGAUUAGAGGUAUGGGAGCAAUUGUUUUUGACAUCACUAGCUCUAGUCUCAAGUAAUUCUUUGAGAAUGAGGUUCUUCACUUUCUCUGCCAUCUUUGUUGUACUGAAUACUGAUACACUGACUUCUAUAUUGGAUUAUGAACUGAAAAUUUUCUGUCAA